AGUUCAUCUUCCCUAGCCCGCUAGCAAUAAAGGAGCACAUCUCCUCCCACGCCAGAUAAAGUUUCUCGGAGGUUUCCCUUCUCCCUUCGACUAGGCCUUUCUCUCCAUUCCUACAUACGUCUCUCUGUGGUUCCCUGGUGGCAGCUUCAUCCAGGACUGGCUCCUUUGUAGUUCCUUCCUCAGGUAUUCAUUCAUUCAGAUGUGGAAAUGUGUUUGUUUCCUCUCUGUUGCUGGGGCUCUUCAGUUUUCGCCCUUUGGUUUCCAGUUAAGGAUAUAAGACUAUAUUAUAUUCCUCUCGUUUUUUUAGUCCGCGCUCGAGGUUUAUUUACGAUUGCAUCUGAUAUCCAAGCGACCCAAAUGGGCCCCUGCUUCAAGAGGCGCAAAGCCUCUCGACAAAGGGCGUGUUGGAUCCAUAUCUGUACGAAGAGAAUUUUUUUUUGCGUAGACUACGCGCUUUCCGUCGCGUCAAGAACUAGCCGAAGUAUCAUCCAUAACGUCACCUAGAUAGGCUAGAAGAGAAGGCUCCGACCAUCACCGACAUGCCCACCUUAAUUUCAACUUAGGCCGC